GUGUAAUAAACUCAUGUGACAGGACCGCUUCGGUACAGUGGGCGGAGAUUCACGGAUGUCUUUGAAUGUAGUUCACCGACUGGAGUCAGUGUGAUUGUGCCGACUCCAGAUAUCACUAGCAUCGGUCAACCCAUUCAACCAUGAAGAUCUGGACGUCAGAGCACAUAUUCAAUCAUCCCUGGGAAACGGUGAUCAAGGCUGCUAUGCAGAAGUAUCCCAACCCCAUGAGCCCCAGUGUGAUUGGAGUGGAUGUGUUGGACAGAGACGUUGACCAACAGGGACGCCUCCACAGUAAAAGACUGCUGACUACAGAGUGGGGCCUACCAUCUAUAGUGAAGGCUAUCAUUGGUAGUUCACGAACACGCACAUAUAUUAAGGAGCACUCAGUUGUGGAUACCACAGAGAAAACCUUCGAACUUCAGUCCACAAAUGUCACUUCCACAAACAUGGUAUCUGUUGAUGAAAGGUUAACAUACAAACCACACCCUGAGGAUCCUGAGAAGACAGUUCUGACUCAGGAGGCUAUCAUCUCAGUGAAAGGUAUCAGUCUCAGCAGUUACUUGGAGGGAAUUAUGGCCAGCACCAUUUCUACGAAUGCUGGAAAGGGCCGUGAAGCUAUGGAGUGGGUAAUCAGGCGACUGAAUGCGGAAAUCGAGGAGCUGGCAACCACAGCAUGCGGGACCAUGCGCACCCCAAUGGCGGCUGCAGUCACUGAUAAAUUACACGUGCCUCUAUCGCCCAGCACAGCCUAAGGGGAAACUGCCCACCUGUACACCCAGGCUCCCUUUAUGAUGUUUUGGUGCUCUGGGUUUUUGUAUUAUUUAAAGGUACAAUUGAUCCAUAUCAUAUAAUUAACCAUCUGCAUUACAUGUAAGAACAGCAGACUGCAGCAUAAAGGGAUUCUGCAGUGUGUUUUUACAGGAUUCUGCUGGGCAGGACUGCAGUGAUGGGCAACUUGGAGAGGAAAUGAGAGUGGUACACUCAGGGACAAGUUUAAAGACUGUUGUUUUUAUCUUUGUGUUUGGAGGUGUAAUAUUCUCACAGGCAUCGGGUAAACUGAAAGCACACAAAGUGCCAAAGCAGACACACAGCUUUUUGUCUAGCCUUUUUAAAAUCACCUUUGCCAGCAGUGUUUUCACCUGGUAAAAGACGGAAUGCCAGUAGGUCUCCUGUGGCAGGAACUCUGUUUACAGUUAACACAAAAAGCAGUUGGUGAGAUAAACUGUAUAGAAAUGAGGAAUACUCUUGUUGAGCUGAUGAUUGCAGAAAACAAUGCAGUGUCAAAGUAAGGGUCAAGUGCAAUACAUGUUGAGAGUGCACAGAAUAGGUUUCAAGUGUCAGAGUAAAUGGGUGGGUUAACACAGUAACAUGUUACACAAAUGUUUUAUAAGGUAUUUUUGUAAGAGCAUCUCAUCAACAGUGUUCUCCUGUGGGGCCUGAGUAACAACAGAACACUCUCUACCAAGUAAUGGAAACAAGCAUGAAUAUAAACUAUUUUAGUAUAACUAAUAUUGUUAAGGUAUUUAAGUGAAAAAGAAGGGAUCAAGGUACUUUUGACAUUUGUGUUUUGAUGAAGUCAUGUAGAAGACCUCAAACUCUGUUUCAGACAAGCUUAACAGUAAAAAACAUUGUUACACGCUGUACCUGAACAUGUUUUCUCAACUGGGUCAGAUUUACUGAUGCACAUGAAUAUUAUUCCCUGGCUGUAAUGCAGACAUCUCAGCAUGUUCCUUUAGGCUUUGCAUUAACAUUUAUUUGCACUUAAUAAUACAAUUUGAUUAAGACAAGCUGCUACACAUGCUGAGGGAGUUGAUAAUUUGUGAAUAUGUUUGUAUUACUAGGUGAGAGUGUGUUGCACAUUUGAGAAGGUCUUGCUUCAUAUGUAUAAAGGGCAGCAGAACAUUAUAGUUUCUUUAUAUGUUU